AGCUAUCUUUUUCUGGUAGUUUCCCGUUAUUGUGCUUUGUCGAGAAAAUGGAGACCAAAGUAAAGGAGCCGGAAGGACCGUGCAACCACGAGUACAUUCGUCGCUACACACAGGCACUCAACUACCCUCUCGAAAAAACAAGUGACAUGUCGGAGGAAAUGAGAGUUGACUGCCGCGAAAUUGUAGUGAACGCGAUCGAAAAGCACGAGGACAGUUACGAACUUGCUGCCAAGUACGUAAAGGAACAGAUGGACAAGAAGUUCGGACCGUCGUGGCACUGCGUUAUCGGCGAAGGUUUCGGCUUCGAAAUCACGUAUGAGCUGAAGCACCUCAUGUACAUGUUCCACAAGGGAUACGUUGCGAUUGUUGUUUUCAAAGGACUAUAG